AUGGCGAACAAUUCUUCUGCACAAGACAUUAUCAAGAAAUUAAAUCUCUCGCCACAUCCAGAAAAGGGAUAUUAUGUCGAGACCUUCCGCGACCGCCAUUCAUCAAACGAUCGCUCGCAUAGCACCUGUAUUUAUUACCUCCUCGAGGGAAAAAGUGGUCUCUCGCAAUGGCACCGUGUUCUCGAUGGUGCCGAGAUAUGGCAUUACUACGCUGGUGCCCCUAUGCAACUCUCACUCUCCUGGAAUGACGGGAAACCCACCCGGGACACGAUUCUGGGGAUUGAUUUUGCGACGGGCCAACGGCCACAGGCUAUCGUUGAGCGUGGAGAGUGGCAGCAUGCGAAAAGCCUAGGGCAUUGGACUCUCGUCGGGUGCACGGUGGCACCGGCUUUCUCAUUCGAGUCGUUUGAGAUGGCUAUAGCGGGAUGGGAGCCUUGCUCGGACAGUGCUACUGAAGGCGAGAUCCAGACUAGCUAA